AAAAAUACUUAAUUAACUACAAAUGCACGAGUGGCUCGCAAAUCUUUUCAAUUGCACCUCAAACGUCUUCAUACACAGAUUACGCUUACGCAAGUUACGCUCCAUGUGACGCCGCCCUGAUGGAUACCGGUGUCUGUGAAAGGGCGCCUUGAAGCGAGCCGACAGCGCCGUUGGCAGCACUGCUGGCCGCCGCGGGUCUGUAAUGGCGGCGUCUGGCGCGUUGUCGGGGAUCCGCCGUGAGUGAAUGAUGCGCCACGAGGCGGUGGCCCGCUUUCAUGCACGGUACAACAAACGAGCGAGCGGACGGUACGUGCACGUGACGUUUUAACGGCGCGCAGCCUUGACGGAGCCGCCGGCGGUCCGUCGAUCCCCGGCCGAGAUGGACCAGGCACCCGCAGACACAGAAUUACGGAACAUCAUAGACAAACUGGCGCAGUUUGUCGCUCGCAAUGGGCCAGAAUUCGAGCAGAUGACAAAGAACAAGCAGAAGGACAACCCGAAGUUCGGUUUCCUGUUUGGGGGGGAGCACUUCAACUACUAUCAGUACAAAGUGACUACAGAGCAAGCCAUUUUAAAGCAAAAAGGAAUAAAUCCAAUGCAAAAUGCAGACCCACGUUUAAACGUUUCGCAGCAGCAGCAAACAGCCGCAAACGCCGUCUCGCAGCCACUGAAUAACGUCAGUCUUGCGUCCGGUCUGAGUACGCAAAACAAUGGAAUAAAUCCGGUGGUCGGGAUCGGACCCCAGGUCGGGAGCCAGGGCGGUCCCGUUUUACCUGGACAGAUCGGAGGGCCGGGAAAUGCAGGACCGCCGAUUGGACCGGUUUCCGGCGCCAUAGGAGGUGUGAAUCCGCCGAUCGCCGGUGUCGCGCAGGCGGUUAACAUCGCCGGGCCGCCCGCGUGGCUGCAGAAUGAGCUGGCGAAUCUACAGUCGCAGCAGACGACGUUGCAGGAACAAGUGAGACAAUCAGAACAGAACCUGGCUGCGCAGCAUGCCGCGUUGAUGGCGCAACAGCAGGGAAGAGUAGAGGAUGCCGUGAGGCAGGCGCAGGAACAGGCACUGCAGAACAGUGCGCAAAACACGAACACAGACUUGGCUGCAUUUGACACGGUCCUACAACCGAUCAUCGAUAGCUGCACGAAGGAUAGCAUAAGCGCGGGAAAGGCCUGGAUACUUCAGAAUUCACUUACGCCGCAGAGCAAUCAGGUUGUCGCGGAUCAUUUGCUGAAAAGAGUGAUUCAGGGGACAACCUUCAGUCACAAGUUGCACAUAAUUUAUCUGGUGAAUGACGUUUUACAUCACUGUGCGAGAAAAAAGUCUAUGGAUCUCCGCAAAGCAAUGGAAAGUGUUGUUGUUCCCAUGUUCUGUAACACUUCACUAGCAGCAUCCGAAGAACAGCUUAAUAAGCUGAAUAAGCUAUUGAGUUUGUGGGAAUCAAAGAAUAAUUACUUCGACGAAGGCAUCAUAGAUAAGUUGAAGCAACCGAGCGCGUCCUGGUCGGAGUACCAGGCCAACUUGGUGGCGCAGCACGCCACCGCGAUCACUCCUAUUACAGCGUCGACGAAACAGACGUUCGACAAUUAUCAAGCGCAGCAUCAAGCUUUUGUCACUCACGCGCUGAGACAGAUCCAGAAUAUCGAACAACAAAAGAUGGCGAUAGAUCAGCAACUGAAAACUCCACCGCCGCCGCCGCCGCCACCUCAAAUGAAUCAGCAAAAUAUGUCAAUGCCACCUAGUCAUUCCGGUCCUCCGAACACAAUGAGUACAGACGUGAAUUUCAGUCAACCGCCACCUGGAUGGGGUGUCCCGCCCUCAACCGAACCGCCGCCGUUUAGCAAUGUUCCCUUGCCGGACUUCUCAAAGCCACCGCCUGGGUUUGGACCGCCACCCGUAAUCCACGAACCUUCUGUCGAGGAUUUGAUGCCUAGUAUGCCUUAUUUCGAGCUUCCAGCUGGUCUAAUGGUACCUUUAAUAAAGCUAGAAGAUGGCGAAUACAAGCCAUUGGAUCCUGACGCGAUAAGACUUCCACCGCCAGCCCCACCGAGCGAUCGUUUAGUUGCAGCUGUAGAAGCGUUUUAUGCACCUCCAAAUCAUGAUUCUCCUAGAGAUAGUGACGGAUGGGAGAAAUUAGGAUUGUACGAGUACUAUAAAGCGAAAAAUGCCGCCCGUAAACGUAAAGAAGAGGAUAUAGCCACCGGUAUUAGGCAGAGAUCUAAAUCUCCAUCGCCGAUUUUACGGCCGAGAUCCAAAAGCCCUAGUCCGCCAAAGAAACGCUACCGGAGCAAGUCGCGCAGCAGAUCACGCUCGCGAUCGCGAGGCAGAAGUAGAUCGAGAUCGCCCGCGACCAAUCAUAGGCGCAACAGUCGCAACAGCAAUCACAUUAAUAGAAGUCGAAGGAGAAGGAAUAGUAAUAAAGAUCGCAGUCCCGAAAGGAGAUUAGAUAGACAGGAUCGGAGUCCAACACCUCCUAGUUUUCUUGGUUCCACGUACAGUAAAGUUCCGCAAGAGAUUAGUCUGGACGAGAGUAACAAAGGCCAUCAAUUACUCAAGAAAAUGGGCUGGAGUGGUGCUGGUCUCGGUGCGAACGAGCAGGGCAUUGAGGCGCCCAUAUCCGGAGGCGAGAUUCGUGAUAAGAACGAUCAAUACAAAGGAGUCGGCAUCAAUCUGAACGAUCCGUACGAAACCUUCCGAAAGAACAAAGGCCAAGCGUUCAUCACCAGGAUGAAAGCCAGAGCGGAGGAACGGGCUGAAGAGAGAGGGGAACGCGACUGAACGUUUUUAACAAAAUGACAAGACUCCAAAUGUUUACGACACUUUGUACGGGACACGUGUCCAGCAUAAGACAUUAAAAACGUUCUCGUUUGUGCAUUGGAAAUCCAUUUGCAAUUUCAAGAAAUGAUACUAUCGCCUAUGAGGGCUGAUUUCAAGGAUCGGCGUACUUUUUUUUCUCUUUGACUCCAAAGCAGUUGUCUUUCAUUAAUUCUGAAUCCCCAUUGCACAUGUCACCAAUUUUAAGCUAUCACAGGUGGACGCUGAUUGUUUUACAUUGAAACCGCACUGAUUAUUUUUAUCAGGAGCUAUCUUAAUCGCAAUCUUACAAUUAGACGACGAGUAUGGGGUUAAAUUGUACAUUUUUAACAUAGAUAAAAUUAUGAAUGUGAUUAGGAUUUGUUUCAAGUUUAAUAAUGCGUGAUCUACGAAUGAUGAAACAAAUACAGAAUCUUGUUACACGAAAGUUUGAUGAAAGAGAUUAACCGGAUUUGGAAUUGCAUAAUCUCGUAUAUUCUGAAAUUAUUUAAAAAGAUCAAGAAGCGGACAAUCAACGUCCGUCGGCAGAAACCUUCGGUCCUAUUUAAUAUAUUAAUUCCAUAUAUUAAAUUCCGUUCCAUUUUCAUCCAUUAUUGGGAUGAUAAGACGACACGCAUCUCACAGCAUGUAUAAGAAGUACAUUCGUUUUGUGUCGUGAAAAAAGCAUGGACGUGAGAGAUUAAAACACUUGUAUUUAGUAAGUUAACAAAUGAUUAUAUUGGAUACAUUGAACGAUAGCUCAAGAAUAAAAGCUGUACAUUUAUUACGAAAGCGAAUGCGAACUAUCGCUACCGCACUGUCUCCUCUGUUUCCUCUUCCCGACUACUAAAGAGAGAGGAAAGAGCGUUUGAAAUCGGUUAAUCCCGAAAUCAAAAUUUCAUUGAUAUCACUCGCCGUUAUUUACUUUUGACAAUAAACUAGGCACAUGCACAUUAUAUAAAGUA